AAAACCUCGAACCCGAAAACGGGGGGCAAAAAAAAAAAAAAAAAAAAAUCCCAAAUCGAUACGAAACCCUAAUCCUAACCCUAACCCUAACCCUAGCCCCGGCGGCCACUAACCACCCGCGGCGCGCGAGCGUCCCAGACCCUUAGCCCUAGGGCUUCUCCGAUGAGAGGCGGACGAGUGACCGCAACGUCGACGACGACGGCAGCGAUGCCGGCGGCCGUGGAUCUUGCGCUCAGGCUCUCAAGGCUCUCGCCGAGAGAUGCCCCUUCGACACCGAGGAGGCCGCCUCGAGACCCACGACGCUGCCUUUUGGCGUCGCGGCCAGGUACUCCGAUGGCCGGAGGAAGUUCAAGAAGUCCUCGUCGUCCCAUGCCGAGCAAGCUGUCGACGCUGCUCCGAAGGUUUCGAAGCAGUCAAAGGCGCCGAAUUUGUGGGAUUUGAUGGAGGUUUACUUUCGCCCAAUCACUGAAGCUGAUAUUGAGAGUCUGAGACCUAGAGGCUUGCUUGAUUCCCUUGAUUCUUGCUUUUCGAUUCCGGUUCUUGAUAGUUCUUUAGAAUUGGAGAAGAAAGAUGCUAUAUUUAGUGGGAGUGAAGUGGGGGUGAGUUCAGAGGUAGUAAAAGAAGAGGAGGAGGAGGAGAAACCUAUGGAAAUAGACAGUGUUGGGGGCUUAAGUACCGCUGAAACUAGUACAUUGCCCAUUCCAGAAGUAAAAGAAGAGGAUGCGAAUGAGGAUGAAAGCUCGUCUAUGAAUUGGGUUUUGGGUUCGAAGCAUAGAGCAAUUCUCACUACACUGCGGCCUACAAAGAAGCGAAAACUACUGGGAAGUGAUGCUGGCCUGGACCAGUUAUUGAUACUUCCGCACUCUGAGCAGGGUUCUGCUCGCUGUCAUGUAUGCUGUUUAGGGGAGAGUGGAGGAAAAUCGAACAAAAUUAUUUCGUGUAGUUCAUGUGGUGCUUUGGUUCAUAAGAAGUGUUAUGGGAUUCUUGAAGCUGUUGUUGAGAAGUGGGUGUGUUCUUGGUGUAAGCAUGUGGAGGAAACGUGGGAUGAUAAGAGAGGAAACGAAGGUUUGAGGCCUUGCAUUCUCUGCCCGAAGGAAGGUGGUGCUCUGAAACCUGUUGGCGGGGAUCUUAAUAAUGAAGGGAAAAAGAAGUUUGCACACUUGUUCUGCAGUCUAUGGACACCUCAUGUCUAUGUGGAGGAUACUAAGACGAUGGAGCCAGUUGUGAAUAUUGUGGAUGUUACGGAGAUGAAGACAAAGAUGGUUUGUAACGUGUGCAAGGUGAAACAUGGUGUGUGUGUCCGGUGUAGCUCCGGAACAUGCAGGACAGCUUUUCAUCCUUAUUGUGCAAGGGAGGCAAGACAUCUAAUGGAGAUUUGGGGGAAGUUUGGAUGCGAUAAUGUUGAGUUGCGGGCUUUUUGUUCAAAGCACUCAACUUCUCAGGAUGUUGACAGUGUCCUGCGCACUAGAAACGUUACCCGGACCGCUGGGGAUGAUUUCUUGGGUGCAAAGCCUCCAUCUGCAACUGUGCUCCCCAACAAGCCACUUAAGUUAAGACUCAGUUGCAAAGUUAAAGAGGAAAACGUGACACAAGCUGAAGUGGCAAGUUCAAUUUCUAGUGAAGUCAUUAAGAAUGAGGCAACCACUGAAGAAGAUGGUUCAUCUAUGAACCUGAGCGCAGAAAAUGGUGAUAUGCAGUCAAGCAAGAACAUAGAUUUUGAAGUUAAUGAGGCUGAGAACAGUUUGUCAGAUAGUCCUACUCUUAUCCCAUUUGUUAAAAAGCUAAUUGCUCAAGGCGAAUAUGUUGUUGGUGACAUUGCAUCGGCAAUAGGCAUCUCUCCUGACUCCUUGGAAACAGCUCUCAUGGGCGAAAUCUCAUCCUUCCCUUCUGAUUUGAGACCGAAAAUAGCCAAAUGGUUUCAAGGGAAUGCAUAUGUGUCUGCUGGUAUUAGACAUCUGAAGUUUUGGAAUGGCUCCGCAAUAUCAUCAGGUAGUUUAGCAGCAAGAGUCGAUUGCCCAAAAGUUGCCAAUGCAUCAGGUUUAGAUACUCCAGACAAUAUUAUAGUCCCAGAUCCUGAGAAUGCUGAUGCCCACUCUGUUAAGUCUAUGUUAUCACAUAAAAGAGCAAAGAACAGCAAUGGGGUAUUAAAGAAGGAUAAGUUGGUAGUUACAUCUGAAGAAAAAAUUCAACCAGAUUCUAAUGAAGAACUAGUAGAUGAGAUUGGUCAAGAUACGGUUGUUCACACGAAUGAUGGUGCAAAAGAUCCUGCAGGCAAUAUAUCCCCAAUUGUUGAUCAAAGUCAAUGUAAAGAUCAGGACCGACUAAAAACGUUGAUUGAAGAUGCUUGUUCAUUGCCAAGUUCAGGCCCUUUGGUUCUACCUCCUGAAGUAGAAGGAAAUUUGGCAACAGUGGAAAAGAAUGAGUUGUCUGAGACACAACAUAAGCCUGAGUGUGCAACCGAAAGUGUGUUAUCUGAGAAACUGGAUGAAGAUCAAGCCAAUGAGAUUGAUGUCCCUCAAGAUGGUGCUGUAAAGAAAAUUAGAAUUGAUGGAUCCUGCUCUAGUUAUAUUCACCCAUACAUCCAGGAAAGGUUGAUGGAAGUACAGAAGAGUGUGCUUCCUGAGCUUGAAAGGAGAGAGUAUAAAUUAAAUGGUCAGGUUAAGGACAGAAUUUUAUCUUCCAAUGCAAGCGAUUCAUGUAAUCAGGACCUCUUGUCUCCUGUUUGCAAACAUGUGGACCAUGUACCGGAUCAUGGACAGUUCGAUCAUUUGGCUCAAGUAAAUAAAAUUGGGAUGUUGGAAUUAUCUCCAGAAGAUGAAGUUGAAGGGGAAAUGCUAUACUUGCAGAACAAGCUACUCGAUAGUGCUUCUGCAAUCAAGCAUGGUUUUGAUGAUCUAUUAGGAAGGGUAGUACAACAACUUCCACAUGAGCUAGAGGUAUUGAAGAAACAUCGGUGGGACAUGGUACUUGUCAAUCAGUUCCUCCGUGAUGUUAAGGAAUUGAAGAAACGUGGAAGGAAAGAGCGAAGGCACCAAGAAGCUCAGGCCGUUCUUGCUGCAGCUGCAGCUGUUGCUGCUUCUUCUUCUAGGAAUCCUCUACCAAGAAAAGAUGGAAGUGAUGAGAUAGGCUUUCUUCCUCAGAGCCCUCAGAAUGUUAGUGGUCUUCCUGGGAGAUCUGGACAGCCUCUUCCGCGUUCACGAUUGAAGGAGGCCACAAGGUCUGCUAUCAUUAAAGUUUCACCAGAUAAACAUUCUGGCGGUCUCCAAUCUCCAGAAUUUCCAAAAGACAAUGCACUGUCUUGUGACAUCUGUAGACGACCUGAAACGUUGUUGAACCGGAUCUUUGUGUGUUCCAGCUGCAAGGUUGCAGUUCACUUGGACUGUUAUCGUAAGUUUAAAGAUCCAGUUGGCCCCUGGAAAUGUGAGUUGUGUGAAGAGAUGCUGCACUCUGGAAGCCCCAGAAAUCAAACAGUUGAAAAUAGAGAUAGGUCGUGUUUGGUAAUUGAGUGUGGUUUGUGCGGUGGUGGUUAUGGUGCUUUCCGUAAGGCAACAAAUGGGCAAUGGGUUCAUGCCUUCUGUGCUGAGUGGAUGUUGGAAUCAACUUUCAGGAGGGGACAGCAAAAUCUUGUAGAUGGAAUGGAUGUCAUUUCCAAAGCAACAGACGUGCUUACCUGCUCUAUCUGCCAGCAGAAAUUUGGAAUUUGCUCGAAGUGCAGCUAUGGACACUGUCAAGUCACUUUCCACCCUUCUUGUGCUAGAGCUGCUGGCUUCUACAUGAAUGUGAAGGCUGUUGGUGGCAGGCUUCACCACAAGGCCUAUUGUGAAAAGCAUAGUGUCGAACAGAGACAGAAGGCUGAUACUCAACAUGGAGCUGAGGAGCUGAAGGGUAUUAAACAAAUUCGGUUUGAACUAGAGAAAGUGCGUAUACUUUGUGAGCGAAUCGUCAAAAGGGAAAAAAUAAAGAGAGAGUUGGUUCUCUGUUCCCAUGACAUACUCGCUUCAAGAAGGGAUUAUGUUGCUUAUUCUGCACUGAUGAGGAGCUCCUUGUGUCCCCCUGGAAUCAGCUCAGAGUCAGCGACCACUUCCAUUGACAACAGAUCAUACAGUGGAAUAAUCCAAAGGUCUGAGGAUGUUACUGUUGACAGUACAAUUUCUGGAAAACGCAUUAAGCGUUCAUUGGAUGUGGACAGGAAGACUGAUGAGAGCUCCACAUCUCGGCCAUCAUUUAAGCGGAAGGCCCCUGAUAGGACAUCAUAUUCUGGCAAGCAACUUCCACAUAGAACACAAUCAGUUUCUUUUCGGAACUCAACAGAUGAUGGAGAAAAGAGAUUCAAGGCAAAGAAGCAAGCAGAAACUUUUCACAAAGAGAUAGUGAUGACCUCACUCCAAGCAUCAAUGCAGAACCAACGACUUCCUAAAGGUUUUGUCUAUGUUCCAGUUGGUUGUCUGUCUAAAGAGAAACCAGUAGUUGAUGAUCCAGAGUCUCAUGAACCUGAAGAGCCUGGUGGGUAGAGUCGAGGAAAAUGUACAUGUUGGUGUAUUUUUUCUUAGUGGUGGAUGGAGCCAUGGAGAUCGAGGUUGUUGUCCCUCUUUCGUAAGUUAUAAAGACAAGUGCUCACCUGUAAAUAGUUCACCAAGGAAGAUGAGCAAAGGGAUAAGGGGAUUGAAUUGGGUUUGGCAAUGUAAUCUUUGAUGCUGAUAAUUCAAUCGUUGUUCGCAAAGUUUUGGUAUCAUCUUUAUAUAUAUGUGAGAGCAAUUGUACAGAGGGUGAGUUAGAUUUAAUUGAUAUGUGAUGGAGGGCAUGUUUGGUUCUGAAUCUUCUCGGCAGCCCUGCUGAGGGUUGAAAAGGUAAAUUUGGAUCUUGUAACAUUAUACAAAAAGAUAUAGGUUUCUCUUAGUUA